UCUGUUUGGUUCUCUUCUGAUCUGUUCUGUUUGGUUCUCUUCUGUUCUGUUCUGUUCUGUUUGGUUCUGUUCUGUAGUAAUCGCUCGUGUCUGAGAGACGUUUAUAGUCCUGAUUUAGCUCCGUCUGAUUUCCACCUGUUUGGAGGCUGAAAGAAGCUUAAGAACAUUUUCAUGUGAUGAUGAUGUGAAAGUACCGGCGCAACAGUGGCGGCAUUAAAAAGUUCAGGAUGAGGUGCUACCUGAAAACAGCCGUGCAGACCCUGAUCACCCUGCUCAUCCUGUCCAGCUUCUACAUCUUCAUCAGGAGAACAUACCAAACAGAACCCAUGGACACCAGGUGGAUUAUGGGAAACUUCAGCACCGCUCCAUGUUCUCAGGACUCAAACUCGUCCUCGUGUCCGAGAGGUUCCAGUCGAGUUCUGGCAGGAGAAAUACCACACCGGCACAAAUACCUCACGGUGGGUCUGUCAUCAGUGAAGAGGAAGAAGGACAGUUACCUUCUCCAGACCCUCACGUCCAUCUUCAGCCAGUCAUCAGAGGAGGAGCUGGACGACAUGGUGGUGGUGGUUCUCCUGGCUGAUUUUGAUCUUCACUGGGUCCAGCAGACGCUUCGCAGCAUCGUGGAACGUUUCCCAAACCGACUGCUCCAGGGUCAGCUCCUGGUCAUCCACGCCCAUCAGAACCUCUACCCUCCUUUGACCGGGCUGAAGAGGAACUUCAAUGACGCUCCGGACCGCGUGACCUUCAGGUCCAAGCAGAACGUGGACUACUCCUUCCUGGUGGAGUUCAGCUCCGGACUCUCUGAGUUCUACCUCAUGCUGGAGGACGACGUGAGCUGCUCCAAAAGGUUUUUGUCUGCGAUUCGGGGUCACGUCACUUCUCUGGGCUCCGCACAGUGGGCCACGCUGGAGUUCUCCAAGCUGGGGUACAUCGGGAAGCUCUACCAUGGUGCAGAUCUUUCACGCCUGGCCCAGUUCCUGCUCCUGUUCUACCAGGAGAUGCCGUGCGACUUCCUCCUGACUCAUUUCCGCACGUUGCUCAUGCAGAAUAAAGUCAUUCGCUUCCGUCCGUCCCUGUUUCAGCACAUGGGCUCGUACUCGUCCUUCAGAGGAACCUACAACCACCUGAAGGACGAUGAGUUUCAGGAGGAACUCUCUGAUAACCCUGCAGCAGAUAUCUACACCGACAUCUCAGCGUUUAAAGAGCACGCUCCGGAGCGGGCGUACAGUCAGGGGGGCGAGUAUUUCUGGGGAACGACUCCGAUAAAAGCUGGGAACUUUUUCCUGGUGGUGUUUCGGAGGCCGGUGCUCCUGUCCAGGAUCCUCAUCCAGACCGGGCUGGAGCAGAAGGACGUCCUGGACUCGGCCGACGUGGAGCUGGGAGAGACGGUGGUGAAGACGGGACGGGAGGUGAAGUGCACGAGGAACCUCAGCGUGGGGUCGUUACAGAACGGACAGUUAGAAGUUCAGAACGUCCCUCAGAUCCUGAACAGAAGCGUCUCGUGUCUGAACAUCAGAGUCACUGCAGGUCAGGAGAACUGGGUCAUCAUCAGGAACAUCCAGGUCUGGAGCAGAACCUGAGAGAUCAGCUGCGCCCUCUAGUGGUGGAGGCACCUCGGUGUGAUCCUUUAUUAGAUUAUUCAUUUAUAUAAAUCAUCAACAAUUAUUCACAUCAUUAUUGAUCAUUAGAUACAUGAUACGGUCAAAAGUAUUCGGACACCUGAGCUCUGUGUGAUCGUUUCAGCUUCUCACAAGACUUUGAAGUCUGUCUGUGGGAAUUUGUGCCUGUUUAGUUGUACGGCUGGGCGCUGAUUGUCGAUGAUUGAUCAGUCGAUGUUCUGGUUCAUCCCAGAGUUGUUGAGUGGGGCUGAGCUCAGGGCUCUGUGCAGGACACUGGAGUUUUUAAUGUCUUUAUAGAGCUCACUCAUGCUGAAACAGGACAGUACCUUCCCUAAACUGUUUCUGCAAUUUACAUUUACAUUUUAUCCAAAGCGACUUACACACAAUGAGCGGCACAUGAUGAGCAAUUGAGGGUUAAGGGUCUUGCUCAGGGACCCAACAGUGGCAACUUGGUGGUGGCGGGGCUUGAACCGGCAACCUUCUGUUUACUAGUCCAGUACCUUAACCACUGAGCUAUCACUGGCCCAAUGGUUGAAACAUAUCAUUAAUACACCAGUUAGUAAAUGCUGUGGCUGAAACACGUGAUCAGUCAUUAGAAGGGGCGUCCACAUACUUCUGACCGUGUCGUGUGUAUAAAUGGGUUAAAUGUAUUAAAGCUGUAACUCAUCAUGUGAAUCGUGGCUGAAGCUGCUGAUGAAGCCCAAACUGUGACAUCACCAAACACAAAGUCAUGUGAUCACUGAAGUGGGUUUAAAUGAACAAACUGGAACCAGAACCAGUAAGCACUGGAACACUAUUAUACUGGAACACUGAUAUACUGUUAUACUGGAACACUGUACACUGGAACACUGGUAUACUGGUAUACUGGAACACUGUACACUGGAACACUGAUAUACUGUUAUACUGGAACACUGUACACUGGAACACUGGUAUACUGGUAUACUGGAACACUGUACACUGGAACACUGGUAUACUGGUAUACUGGAACACUGUACACUGGAACACUGAUAUACUGUUAUACUGGAACACUGUACACUGGAACGCUGAUAUACUGUUAUACUGGAACACUGUACACUGGAACACUGGUAUACUGGUAUACUGGAACACUGUACACUGGAACACUGGUAUACUGGUAUACUGCUGCACUGAUAAACUAUUUGAUGCAGGUAACUGGUUUGUAUCCUGAUGAAUAAAGGUUAUGAGAUUAAAUCCA